AUGAGGUUGUGUUCAGUUUUUCUCGUGUAUCUGUUUUCAUUAACUUCUGUUUACUCAACGAUCGAGCCAUGGAGGCUUUUUGGACAAGACAUGACACGAAACGCAGAAGAAUCUCGAGCUGGCCCCUCUGGUACAGCAAACGAGAUUCCCCGUUCCCCUCAGAACCUGAUCGACUUGGACCCGGAAGUAGUCGACGUGGAAUUGGAUUCUUCAGACGGAAGUAUUCAAGAAAUCAUCGAUGUCGAUUCAGUGACAUCAGGCGGAAGUUCUAAAAGACCUCAUGAAGUGAUCAAUUUAGAUGAUGAGCCGUUAGAAUUCAAUAAUGGUGCCUCUUCUUCCCAAGGCCCCCCCUUGAGGCUGGGAUCGCAUCAAGCAGGGAAGAAACCUGUCGAUGACUCACCUGCAAAAAGGAGAAGAUUGAAUCAGAAAGCACUACCGGAAGUGAGGUUUGAUGCACUACAAAAGUCCAAAAACGCGGCAUCACUGCAGCAGCUAAAAAAAGCGGGGCCUUGCAGCUAUCAACCUCCAGGAAUCAGGAUACGGCGAGCUGGUUUGAUGAAAUUGGCUGAGAUAGCAGAUGGAAAAAGGACAACAUACAAUAUCUUCCAAGAAUCAGUCGAUACUGGGAGAUUUGAUUUUCAAAGUCAUUUUUUUAAAACAAUGGCACACUACAAAAACGCAGAGGGAAAAGAGAAAGAGCUGAUUAGUGACAUGUGGGAGGAUAUAGACUCCGAUCUGAGCGGGCAGGAGAGCUAUCUCCAUUCUGAAGAACAAAAUGGAGCUUCGUCAAGGGAAGCAAGGCGUUUACAAUACAUUAUUGAACACGCCAGUGAAAUAGAGGAAAAGAGGAAGAAUACCCCUUUGAAAUUAGAGUCUUUGCGACAAAGGCUAGAAGGAUUGAUUGCUGCGGCUUCCCGAAUCGACAGUAGUGAAGCGGAGGAGCAAUUGAGAGAGGAUGAAAUGAUAUCUGCCGCAGAGGUUUACACCGCAAUUUCGGUCUUGGGUUUGCGGCCCGAGCUCCUUCGUGCAGGUUUAUACAAUUUUGGUGAUGAUGCACUCAAAAAGUUGAAUACACACUUCAUUAAUUUGGAACUUCGGAAGAGCCAUGCUGAAAAUGAAGAAAAAAACCCAACAGUUCGUAGGUAUACGGAUGUAAUUCGUGCAAUGCAGAAGUCGUCUAUUUGA